AUGUCAAAACCCCGAUGUCUUCUUUCAGUUUUGCCUGUUGAGUUGGUCUUUGAGUGUGUGCAAUAUCUGGACACCUCGUCUGUAGUCCACUUAUCGGGCACCUGCAAGAGGCUCAACUCAAUCCUCCGUCGCAACUGCACUGAGCAGGUAACUAACCAUGCUUUGGAGUAUAUUACCGUUGAGGCCUGGAAGGGCUUUGGGGGCAAGGUUAAGUUAGAUGCUGAUUCCAUCAAGGCACUGCUGAGUCGGGCUAGACACUCAGGGAUCUCGUUGUGGGGUACGAAGAAUGGCCAUUGGGAGGACGAACAUCGAGAUUUUGUAUACUAUUUGCCUAAAAGCCGUAUCGAAGUUGUCAUUUCAGAUGAAAAGGACGACAAGGACAACAGCGACAACAGCGACGACAACGGCGACAACGGCGACAACGACGUCAAUUACAAUGGUCCAAGUUCACUGUUGCACAAAGCUAUACAUUACAAGGAUGUCGAAGUGGUCAAAGUUCUGCUGCAAAACGGUGCUGACCCCAGACUAGCUUGCACCAGAGGCGGCCCACCAGGUACUCUGGAAAGAUUGAUGAAUGAUACGUGGGGUCCCUGCCCACUAAUGGUAGGGGUUCUCCUGGAUGCAGAUGCCCUACUCGUUUCUGUCGAAUUCGCUACCAAACUAUGCCAGAUUGGUGGAUCCACAAGCUCGUUGAUUGAGCUCGUAUUGAAUAAGCAUCUAGACGUUCACUGCACAUACUCCGGAGUCAUAAGAUUCACAUUGUUUACCGAUGCGACAAUACUACAUAUUGCUGCUUCCGAGGGCGAUCCUGAUCUCCUGGAGGCGAUAAUUUCUCGUGCACCAAACUUACUACAGGCCAGUGUGAUGGGGAUGACCGUUUCUUCAGGUACGCGCCCGCCUCCUGGUCCACGCCCUGUCCCGAAUGGCCAGUCUGCGGAAGGAUGGUAUGACACAUACCUACCGUUGAACCUGGCUCUAAAAUCACACAAUGCAGCGAAUGCCAAAUAUUUGCUCCAGUGUGGAAGCAAGACCGAUAGAGCCUCAUUUGAACUUGUGUGGGAGGACGCCUGUGAUUUCACCAAGUUUACUACGGAUUGGGUGGAUAUUUUGAAGCUUAUGGCAGCUAGGAUUGAGUUCAAUUCCCCGGAAGCUAUCCCAAUGAUCCAAAGAUGUAUUGAUAAUUUUUUUCAUCCAAAAGCUUCCUGCCAUGCAAGGUUCUUCCAGAAGCUUUGUUUACCGCCGUUUCUCGGUAAUAUGAGUCUUCGUACCCGUGCCCGGUACCUUGACAGGUUUGAUGUCCAAAGUUGUGAGGCGCAUCUCGAUGAAUUGAGGUAUAUUAUUGCCUGGUGCGAGGUCGCUCUCCAGAACGAGAUACAUUCGGAAGGGAAGCUUGGACUAGGCGCAACAGAUGAGACAACUGAGUGUCUUCCAAGUUUGUUGGCGGGCUUUAGAGAACAUGAGCAGGCGCAGCAAGAAAUAGUACAACUGUUGUGGGAGGCUAUGCUUGAAACGUAA